UGGAGAUUGCACGCACGUUUGUCUCGCCAGCGACGUCGACUGUGUGACGGGUGUGGCCCAGCGCUUGAUCCGCCGCCGGCAAAUUAGUCCCAUGUUUGGAGUGAGAUUAAGUGAAGCCUCACUAAUCAACUAUGUAAUAAAGGAACUACUCUCCUAGUAUGCCAUCUAGUAAAAAAUGUGAUGUCGCAUUCUAUUUAUUAAAAAAAAAGAGAUACAUUGUAUGUUUACUGCUAUAAAGUUUACCCGCGCGUGGAGCGGAAACGUCCCCCGAUUCACUUCUUCCCCGCGCGUGUGCCCGAGCCAGCGGUUUUCUUCUCAGAUCAGCGGCGCAUGAGGUUAUGGAAGGGGACAAGCGACACCGGAUCCGAGCAGGGAGCGAGAGAUGUUGAAGAUCCAGUACGCGGUGGUGCGGGCGGAGCACAACGGCGCGGGGCCGGCCACCAAGGCACCAAUGCGGGGGCCGUCGCACCGUAUCACCCGCCCCAUCCCCUUCUUUUUGAUCUGCCCCCGCACGAACUGCACGGCUAGAACCCUAGCACCUUCUUCCUCUGUCCGAUUCCAAACCCGCGCGCCGCCUCAUGACUGCCUCCUGCCCAGUUCGCGGAGGCCGGAACCAGAGACCACCAUGGCGGGCGGGAAGAUCCAGAAGAAGCGGCAGGCGGCGACGGCUGCAGCGCAGGGUCCCGUUCGAGAAGUCCAACGGCCAGCAUAUCCUGAAAAACUCGACGCUGGUGGACUCCAUCCUCGCCGAGGUCGGCCUCAAGCCGCCACCGGCACGGGGAACCUCAGCAACCGCCUACUCGAGGCCGGCGGCAAGGUUGUUAUCGCCGUCAAGCUUGACCCAGGGAUGGUUCUCGAGCUCAGCCGCUGGUUCCACGGCCCCGCCCUCUCCUCACACCUCAAGAGGUCUGUGGAGGAGGGGAAGAUGUACUAUGAUAAUAGUCCAAAGUAUGAGCUCUCAUGCGGGAGUGAGAUAUUGGAGGUAUCCAAACUCAUCUCAGCCACAACAUCAUGGCCACAACGAAAGACAAUGUCGGUGCUGACUGCAGAAGAGGCUUGCAAGCUUUAUGCAUCCCAUGGUGGAAUCAUCCACAUCUCCCAAGGCCUUCUCGGCCACAAUGAACCGAUUUUGUAACGCAGCUCAGAAGACAGUCGAAUACUGAUUGCGGUUGCGCAGGCUCCUAGCGCCCAUGUUUAGCUUGCCGUCUUCUUCCUCAA